AUGGCUGAGGACGUGGAUGAAUCUGCAGAGAUUUUUGGAGAUAUUAACCUCACUCUCGGCAUGCUGAAUAAGGAAGAUGAUAUUAGCAAGGAAGACAUUUAUAGUCAUCUCACUUCCAUCAUUCAGAAUACUGACAUCUUGGAUGAUGCAAUUGUCCAAAGGCUGAUUUACUAUGCUUCUAAGGACAUGCGAGAUGACAGCCUCCUCCGAGAAAUCAGAAUGCUAGCUGGUGAGGUGCUGGUGUCUCUUGCUGCACAUGACUUCAACUCUGUGAUGUAUGAAGUACAAAGUAACUUCAGGAUCCUGGAGCUACCAAAUGAGUUUGUUGUGCUGGCCCUGGCUGAACUGGCAACCAGCUAUGUGUCUCAGAGCAUUCCUUUCAUGAUGAUGACCCUGCUCACCAUGCAAACCAUGCUCAGGCUGGUCGAGGAGGAAAGGAUGAAGGGAGCGUUCUGUAUCGCCCUUCAGAAGUUCAGCAAAGCCAUUUAUAAAUAUGUCAACCACUGGAGGGAUUUUCCCUAUCCCAGGCUGGAUGCCAAUCGACUCUCUGACAAGAUCUUCAUGCUGUUCCGGUAUAUCAUGGAUAAGUGGGUCCCCACGACCUCGCCUAUGCAAGCUUUGGCCAUCAUUAAGGCUCACGGACCCGCUGUGAGCUUGCUCCUCCACCGGGAAGACCUCUGUGAAUACGCCCUGGGCCAGGUCCCCUGGCUCCUGAACCAGUAUAAAGACAAAGAGAUUGAUUUCCACGUCACUCAGAGUCUAAGACAAAUACUGACGGCGGCAGUCCUUUAUGACGCUGGUCUUCCGAAAGCCUUGAAAAAAACUAUCUUUAUCAAUUUACUCCACCAGGUGUGCAGAAUUCCAGAGCCACCAGUAACAGAAAAUGAAAUUGAAGCUUCAAGCUGUUUCCUCAUUCUAGCCCAUUCCAGCCCAGCAGACCUGAUGGAAUUUUUUGAUGAACAGAUGAGAAGUAAUAAUGAAGCCAUUCGUACGGGAAUCUUGUCUUUGUUAAGAUCGGCUAUCAGUGCUGAGGAGCCCAAGCUGAGGGAUCAUAUCACUUCAAUUGAAAGAACAGUCAAAGUCGUCAUGGGUGACCUCAGUAUUAAAGUGAGGAAUUCCACCCUCCUCCUCAUCCAAACCAUGUGUGAAAAAUGCUACAUUGAAGCCCAGGAAGGAUGGCCACUGAUUGAUUACGUCUUCUCCCAGUUUGCCGUGUCCACCAAGAAUCUGGAGAAACCAGUAAAACCUAACUCCCAGGAGAAUGAAAAGGGAGAGAAAUCUGUCCAAGAAACAAGCUUGGAGAUCUUAAAAACCCUGGACCCACUGGUCAUUGGCAUGCCUCAGGUGCUAUGGCCAAGAAUCCUGACUUUUGUGGUACCUGCAGAAUAUACGGGAACUCUGAAAUACCUGUUCAAUAUCAUCAGAAUUCUGUUCAUGGCAGAGGAGAGGAAGAAGAAAGACAAGGAGUCAACAGCCCUUGUCAUCUCUACAGGAGCUGUGAAACUUCCUUCACCACAACAGCUGCUGGCCAGACUUCUGGUAAUAUCUAUGCUCGCCAGUUUAGGGAAAUUAUGUGGUGCUGGUGCAAUUGGACUUUUGAAGAUACUGCCUGAGAUAAUUCACCCAAAUUUGGUAGAGCUGUGGAAAACACGCAUACCUGAGCUCCUGCAGCCUCUGGAAGGAAAGAACACUAGUAUUGUGCUAUGGGAGACCAUGCUGCUUCAGUUGCUCAAAGAAUCUUUAUGGAAGAUCAGUGACGUAGCCUGGACCAUCCAACUGAUUCGGGAUUUCAAACAGCAAAUGGACAGUUACAGCAACUCCUCCGUUGAGAAGAAAUUCCUUUGGAAAGCCUUGGGGACCACCUUAGCAUCCUGCCAAGAUACAGACUUUGUAAGCUCACAGGUUAAGGAAUUUCUGAUUGCGCCCAACCAACUGGGGGAUCAACGACAGGGGAUAACGUCUAUUUUAGGAUGCUGUGCCGAGAACCACUUUGAUAUUGUUUUGAAAGUUCUUAAAACAUUCCAAGAUAGGGAAAAGUUUUUCAUGAAUCGAUGUAAGGGUCUUUUUUCUGGCAAAAAGAGCCUGACCAAGACUGACGUCAUGGUAAUCUACGGAGCCGUGGCCCUCCAUGCUCCCAAGAGUCAACUCCUCACCAGGCUUGAUGAAGACAUUGUGUCCCAAGUCCUGUUUCUUUAUGGCCAGUGCUCUCAGGUUCUGGGCAUGUCUGUGAUGAACAAGGAUAUGGAUCUGCAAAUGAGUUUUAUAAGAAGUAUCACUGAGAUUGGCAUUGCUGUCCAAGAUGCUGAGGAUGAGAAAUUCAAGUUUUCCUACAAGGAGGUGCUGCUGGGUUACAUGCUGGACUUCAUCAGGGAUGAGCCCCUGGACUCUUUAGCAAGCCCUGUGCGGUGGAAAGCUUUAAUCGCCAUCAGAUACCUCAGUAAACUGAAACCUCAGCUCUCACUGAAUGACCAUCUUAAUAUUCUCGAGGAGAAUAUCCGGAGGCUGCUGCCCCUUCCACCUCUGGAAAAACUCAAAAACGAGGGCGAGACGGACAAGGACAAGGAGCACAUUCACUUUCUCUACGACCGCUCCAUGGAUGCUCUGGGGAAGCUGCUGAGGACCACGGUGUGGGAUAACACGAGCGCAGAGGACUGUCAAGAAAUGUUCAACCUUCUCCGAAUGUGGCUUGUUUCCCAGAAAGAGUGGGAGAGAGAAAGAGCUUUCCAGAUCACCGCAAAAGUGCUGACAAAUGACACUGAGGCACCAGAGAACUUUAAAAUCGGCUCACUCCUCGGCCUCCUGGCUCCUCACUCAUGUGACACCCUGCCCACCAUCCGCCAGGCAGCUGCUAGUUCGGCUAUUGGUCUGUUCUGCAUAAAAGGCAUUCGCCUGGAAGUGGACAGACUACAGGAUUUGCAGGAAGGGCUGCAAUGUGAUGAUGUGGAGGUCCAGAUCAAGAUUUCCUCUAAAAUAGCAAAGAUAGUCAGUAAACUCAUCCCAAGUGAGGAAAUCCUGAUGUUCCUGGAGGAAACCCUGGAUGGUCUGGAGAGCCUCAACCCCACCUGCACGAAGGCCUGCGGUGUAUGGAUGAUCGCCGCCCUGAAGGAGCAAGGAGCUACUUUGGAAGAUCAGCUGUUGGAAAUCUUGGGCAUAAUUUAUCAUCACAUGCCGGUCCUCAGACAAAAGGAGGAAAGUUUUCAUUUCAUGCUAGAAGCCAUCUCCCAGAUAGCCAGCUUUCACAUGGAUGCAGUUGUUGCCAACCUUUUGCAGAAGCCUCUGCCCUUUGACAGGGACACAAAGACACUGUGGAAGGCUCUGGCUGAGAACCCAGCCUCCAGUGGCAAACUCCUACGGGCCUUAAUAGACAAACUGGGGAACGGACUAGAAGAUGAUUUAGCUGGAAUAGAUGCAAUUUCCGUGGCCUGUGCGAUCCAUGAGGUGGUGUCGACCGGCAGCCCUGUCACAGGCUUAUACCCGGAGCUAUUCACCCUUCUCCUGAAGCUGGUCAGCUGCACGCUGGGCCAGAAGAUGCCCACGACGACCUUGAACCGCAGGCGCCGGGUGAUGCCACAGGGAGAGCGACAGCAGAUCUCAGACCCCAGCAGGCUCUCAGCGACAACUCUGAAGUGUGUGCAAGCCCAGGCCAUGAGAGAAGGCCUGGCCAAAGAAUCUGACGAGGGGGACAACGUAUGGACCCUGCUCAGCAGCCCCGGUACCCACCACCUGGGAGUAUGUGCACUGGCCAGGAGCAUGACGGUGUGGCAACACGGCAUCAUACUGGACAUCAUGGACCAGCUCCUGCCGUCCCUCACCUCCUCCUCCGAGAACUACCGGAUAACUGGCACAGCUUUCUUCUCUGAGCUCAUGAAGGAGCCAAUCCUCUGGAAGCACGGGAAUCUGCGGGAAGUGCUGAUCCUCAUGGAUCAGAGUGCCUGGGACUCCAACGCCAUCCUGAGGCAAAUGGCCAUCCGAGGUCUCGGUAAUACGGCUUCGGGAGCCCCUCACAAGGUGAAGAAGCAUAAGCAGAUAAUACUAGAAUCUGUCAUCAGAGGCCUCUACCACCUGGCCCGCACCGAGGUUGUCUGUGAAAGCUUGAAGGCACUAAAAAUGAUCCUGGAGCUGCUCACAGACCGAGAUAUCAGCUUCUACUUCAAAGAAAUAGUGCUGCAGACAAGAACCUUCUUUGAAGACGAGCAGGAUGAUGUGAGGCUGACCGCCAUCCUCUUAUUUGAGAAUCUGGCAUGCCUAACAGGAAGAAAGUGGAAGAUUUUCUUUGCUGAAGAAAUAAAAAAGAGCAUGAUUUCAUUCCUUCUCCACCUCUGGGAUCCCAAUCCCAAGAUCGGGACUGCGUGCCGAGAAGUCCUGAUCAUCUGCAUUCCAUUUCUGGGUCUCCAGGAACUCUAUGGGGUAUUAGAUCAUCUCCUUGACGGUCAAGAUCUACCAAGGGCCAGGGAUUUCUAUAGGCAAUUCUGUGUGAAACUGGCAAAGAAAAACCAAGAAAUCCUGUGGAUCCUCCACACACACUCAUUCACCUUCUUCAGCAGCAGCUGGGAGAUGAUCAGGAGCGCAGCCGUCAAACUCACAGAUGCUAUCGUUCUUAAUUUGACCAACCAAUAUGUGGAGUUAUUGGACAGAGAACAGCUGACCACGCGGCUCCAGGCACUUCGGCAAGACCCCUGUAUCAGCGUCCAGAGGGCAGCGGAAGCUGCCUUGCAGACCCUCUUGAGAAGGUAUAAAGAGACAAGCAUCCGUCCGUAA